AUGGGGGCGGCCGCGCGGCGGCCCGGGGCGCUCCCGCUGCUGCGGCUGGCCCUGCUGGCGGCGCAGGGCGGAGCGGCGCCCCUGCAGCCCGGCGGGACCCCCGCGCUCACCAAGAUCUACCCCCGCGGCAGCCACUGGGCUGUGGGACAUUUAAUGGGAAAAAAGAGCACUGGAGAUUUUCCUUAUGGUUUUGAAGAAGAAAACAAAACACCAUUUUCAGCAGUACCUGACAAUGCCAAGCAGCUGGAAGACUAUCUGCAGUGGGAAGAAAUCUCCAAAUAUUUGCUACGGCUGCUGGAAAGGAACGAAAAUAAAAGCGCUCACUUUUUAAAAGGAGGGCUUCCCUGGUACACCAGGAACACCUGGGAGACAGAUGACAAUAGCAGCUGGAAAGAUAUGAUGGACUAUCUGCUUCAAGUUGUGAAUAUGAAAGAGAGCACUCCAAGCUGAAAGAAGGUCUCUAAAUCACGAAGAAAUUGAAUAUUUGCUGUAAGAGACUAUAUUUCACAAGCACUUGAUUGUAUCAGAUAAUCAACAAGGUCUCUUUUCUGUACACAAGAAUUCCUUUGUGUAAAAUACCUAAAUACACAUAUUCUUGUAUGUUUCAGCAAUGACUAAACUCUCUCUACUUCAUUUUCAAGGUUGUAUUUUCGCACUUGAAUGGCUUUGAUAUAUAUAUACACACACACACACAUAUGAUUGUCACGGAAGGGUCUUCCAAUUAACUACAUGACUUACCUAUCUAAUCAGUUCAUAUCUUAGUUCAAAAUCACAUGCCAUUUCAACAUUCGCAAUAAAUAGUACUGAUAGAAAGGCUGAGUUCAAGCUUUUAUUUGAGUUAAUCAAUGGAAGGGGCAGUGUCACAGCUAGUAACAAA